AUGAUUUCGGCGUGCGCAAAAGAGCGAUAUCUCUUCCAACUUCUGAAACCAGCACCUACGGAUGGCUCCAUGAAUGGGUUAGAUCCUGCCAUUGAGGUUAUAUGCACUACUCAUUCUCACCAGACUACGAUGCUUGCAGACCAGGCAAUAUCAAAUAUUGCAGGCAAGCUCCAUAAAUAUCGACUAGCACCAGAUGAAGCUUCUUCCGAAUUCGGGACGUUCUCUGCUAUGAAAAAGAUUUACUCUAUAUCCAGGAUUUUGGAUCAUAUCCCCUAUACGCUUUUGUAUGUUUCUUCUGGUUGGAUGACAUCCAAGAAGGAUACAGAAACCAGCCUGGCAGAAUUGGAAAAACGACUACGGCAUGAUCCUCAGAGAUCCCGAAGAACAUUGACGUAUGCGGCACAAGUAUUCCGGCGGGUUCGGAACCAAAAAUGGCUCGAGGCAUGUGAUCCACUUUACGUGCUCCUCGCAACGCUAUAUAUUUGGUUCUAUGGGCGUACAUUUGAAAUAUCACCAGACCCAGACAGCGCAAUGUGGCCAUCGCUGAAGAUUGAUGAUGAGUCCCUCGAUGAGACUGACUGGGUGAAAUGGGUGGACACUGGUGAGAUGAGAAGACCCCAUAUGGCCGGUAUUGGCUUUUUGAAUGGUAAAAACCAUGGCCACCGCGUAUUGAAAGAAGCCAUUCGAGUACUCUCUAGUGGUCAAGGCUGGCAACACUUUGCUCAUGCUGUCGCGGCCUCGCUUCAACGAAUUUUGUCUGGUCUUGCCCCUUCCUUCAACGAUAUAUAG